UUGUCAGCGGGUUGAAUGGAAACGACCAACUUUAGAAAUCAUACCUAGUCCGCACUUGAAUCCUGAAACAAACUACUUUUUGUUGUACAUACGUAUAUUACAGACCUCUCAACUCUCACAAUUUCAUCGUAAGACUCACGAUUUAGGGGCAUGUCUUGCGAUCUCACAAUUUGCACCCAAUUCUCACAAUUGCCAGUCCUUUCUCUCAACAACCCUACCAUGAGACACUCUGACAGUCGCUUUGUGUACAUGUAGCCCCAUCUUUCCGGACAUAGCGGAUUCAUUGAACUAGACUCUCAUAUACGGCUCUGCUUGCUUGUAUCUGGGGUAUCUUGGCGGGGUAUGCAGUAAAAAGUAACGUUUAAAGUUCAAGGCAAAGCCUUGACGCGUGCACAGAAACAAAAGCAAGGCCAACUUGUUCAAUGGGCGUGGUCACUUACUAAAGACAGUCUCACGAUUUGCUGCAAAGAAAAGUUGAGAAGUCUGAUAUGAUUAUAUAUACUGAAUGUAUAGGCACAUAUAUGGGAGUCAUCUAAAGUUAACCGACAGAUCGGUCGACAAGAGGCCCAGAAGUUAUUAGCAAGCAUAUUGUGAAGGGUCACAUUGCAAAUUGUGUGCGUGUGUGUGCGUGUGUGUUGUGUGCGUGUGUCCAUGUGAGUAUGGGUCUGUCUGUCUGUCGUCUGUCUGUCUGUCUGUCUGUCUGUGUUGACACAAAUUUGAUACAAAAUUGCAAAUACCUAACUAUGCAAAUAUUGCCAGUCGAGGAGAGAGGGAAAUACUUACUCUCUGUUUGCGUUGACUUUGCGCUUGGAAGUGACUAAUGAUGCAGUUGUAUUUGUUUACCACGCUCAGACCUUAAGUGAUAUCCCAUUAACUGUACAUUUUAGAAGUCAUAUUACAAUACAAAGAUGUUAGGUAACAGUAGAGAAAGUCGCAGGCUAUCAAUACCAAACAGAACGAGAAGAGGAGUCAGAAAUACCAAGCAACUACUCAGGAAACAAGAGCAACUGUGUGUUGACAUCAAGGCAGUCGACCGUUUAGUGACCUUUUAAUUGGCUACUUCCUCUAAUUAGCAGCAAUCUUGUUGUAAGACCAUACCUUCUUAAUUAAUGAGUCAAGAACUCUAAUGACUUUGAUAUGCAAAAGUUUUAUCAAACCGCCUGUGUAAUACAUACACCAUCGUUACCCUAACUAUAAAAAUCCGAGAACUUGAGGUUUCAAACGAUACCAAGAUCGUCACUGUCCGCCCUAUUGCACAGAAGUUAUUUCAGAUUUUUAAAGUGCAAAGUCAAUGGGCAGUAAUGAUGGCCCCUUAGAUUGAUCUAAAUGUGGUCUAAAUGCAUAGCCAAUAUGUCAUUCGAGGUAUUGGAUAUACAUGUAGACCACAUUUAGACUGGUAACCUACACAUGUAUACUGUUUCAUGCAGUGAUACAAAUAGCAUGCAAUCGUAUAUCUAGAAACUGCAGAUCUAUUUGGUCACACUUCCCAAAGAAAGUAAGGAGAGCUAGCCAUACAAUCAACAUAAAAUAACAAUAAGAAUGCAGCAUCAGCUACUUACCAGGUAUUCCCCAAAUAUUAAUUAACAAUUUCCAUGCAGACAGGCAUCCUACAUUUGUGGUUAACUAUAUGACCUGAAGAUGAGAGGAACAGUUUACCACCAACAUGAGGUUUGAACCCCACAGCAGUCACUAGGCUAAUAUCCUAGUUUCUAUUGCACUCAAGAUCAUGCAUAGUGCAUGCAUGUGUACGUAUACUUUGCUCAAUACAAAAGGUAAAAAUAAAAUCAUGUACUAGAGAUCGAUCGACAUACACCUAUCUAUACUACACAAACAUAAUUCAAUCCUCAACACAAUAUUUACAGUAUGACAUGCUUUUCUAUAGUGCACGCGCAUAUGCUAGGAAAAGAUAUACAGACACACAGACACAGACACAGACACAGACACAGACACGGACACACAGACAGACAGACAGACUACUUCAAAAGCCCAAGCAACUACAAAGAAGGCUCACUCAACAACACAUGACUUCUAUUUCCAGUUAUAUGAUUGAACAUUCUUGUUCACCUAGAGAUGCAGCCCGCCUUCACUCCCUAAAGGGUAAAGGUGCUGGUGCCUGGAUUGCUGCUAUCCCAGAAUCGGCAAAUUUCGCACUUCAACCUUACGAAUUUCGUCUGGCGUGUUUGUUGAGACUGGGUCUGGAGAUACCGGCUGUGAGCUGCAUCGAGAAAUGUGAAUGUGAUGCUAAUCUGGAUAACACAGGGUAUCACUUACUCACCUGUAAGAAAGGUGGUGGUCCUGUGUGGUCACAUGACUCCAUUGUGUCCGAAUGGUCUGAUUGUUUGAGGCACCUGCAGAUCCACCACAAACACGAACCUCGAGAUCGGUACACUGACAACAACAAUCGUCCAGACAUUGCUGUCUUUGAUGCGGGCUCAGGCACCAAUGUAGAGCUUGACGUAGCCUUGGCUCAUCCUUGGGCAAAAGACACAUUGUUCCAAGCUUCUAAAAGGGAAGCAGCAGCAGCUGCAAACAGGGAGAACAGGAAGUUAACCAAAUAUAGUCAAGUCACUCUCCCCGGUGCGUCUUCCUUGACACUUGUUCCACUUGUAUUUGAGCAUUUUGGCCAUUGGGGAGAACGAGCCACCAGAUACCUACAGGAACUAUCAACCAGGUCGACGGAUGAUGAUGGCAAUAAGAAUGCUAAUGAAUUCAUGUGUUACUGGAGAAAACGAUUCUCAACAGCGCUACAACGUUGCAAUGCUAGGACUAUUGCAAGGAAACUAUCACGCCUUUUAUCUAUGAGCUCCAGUAAUGUAAAGAACUAUCAUACUCAGUUUUGCGUACAUUAGUUUGUGAUG